AAUGAAGGCUUAAACACACACUUCUGAGGAAUGCUGACACAUUUCUGUGGAACGCUGACACACUUCUGAGGAUAUCUUACUUGACUGCAUCUGGGACAACUUGUUUGAGGUCAUGGAGAUCCUGCCCCCUUAACCUGGAGUCAAAACCUCACACUAAGGCUCAUCAGGUUCACACAUGCUCACAAAGGCUGGUGAAAUAACACACUGCUAUUCAUCAGCUCUGUGGAAAUCGUGUAAUACCCCGCAAGGCUGACCAGGUAGAGGGACAGAGGGCGAUAACUUGAUUGAAGGUUGCUGAAAGUGUGUGGAUUUGACAACCAACAAACUGGGACUGGACACACAGACACUGCGGGAGAACGCUGCUGGAGUAAAGAUCAUGCACUGACAGUCAGGCCUAAUGGAGACCAUCUCAAAGGAGCCAGGUUGGGAUGGAUCUGCCUAUACAACGCUUGAGUGGACCAACUUCACAUCAGCUGUCUUCUCUGAGCGUGGUGGCCUCAAUGGCUCAUAUGGAGGGAGCUCUUAUUUCUGGGUGCUUCUCAAUGGCUCAUCCAGCACCACCCAGGUCCCCCCUCUGGCCAGGGUGCGGGACAUGGCUCUGGCCCGUGCUGAGAUUGGGGUCUUGGGCCUAGUCCUGGCGCUCACCACAUUGGGCAACAGUUUUGUGCUGUGGGUUCUGCUCAGGAGGCGUAAGCACAAUGCUCCCAUGCACCUGUUCAUGGUCAACCUCUGUGUGGCUGACCUGGUGGUGGCCUUCUUCCAGGUUCUCCCACAGCUGGUGUGGGACAUCACAGAGAGGUUCCAGGGCCCUGACGCGCUCUGCCGCUCAGUGAAGUAUAUGCAGAUCGUGGGCAUGUUUGCAUCCUCCUACAUGAUAGUGGCUAUGACGGUGGACCGGCAUUAUGCCAUCUGCUGCCCCCUGCAGGCCUACAGAGGAGGGGUGGUUUCGCGCUGGAACACACCGAUCAUGGUGGCCUGGGGCCUGGCGCUUGUGCUCAGCCUACCUCAGGUGUUCAUUUUCUCCAGGUCUGAAGUGGCUCCAGGAGAGUUUGAGUGCUGGGGGCACUUUGCUGAGACCUGGGGUCUCAAGGCCUAUGUUACUUGGAUGACCCUGGCUGUCUUUGUCGUGCCUGCCUUAAUCAUUACUGUUUGCCAGGUGCGAAUAUUCAGGGAGAUCCAUGACAACAUCUACUUAAAGUCUGAGCGGGUGGUGUCGGCAGACUUGAAGAAAAACCUUGUCUUCUUUCGCUUUCCCAGCCCAAAAAAGCAAGAGGACAGAGAGAGGGGGAGAACGAGAAGGGCAUGCAAACCAAGAGAGGGCAGAGGAGAAUUCCACAUGAGGAACAAUAACAGUGAAUCUUCACAUUUUCACUGUGAUGCUAACAGCUCUCAGUGUGCACCACAGCCAGACUGCUGCAGCCUCCCCUCUCAGGAUGACAAGUGUACUUGUGAGCUGAUCACAGACGGUCCCUCCUACAGCGCUCUGUCUCCCGAUGUGCUGCCUCACACCCACGCACACACUCACAUUAAUCACACUAACUCAGCACCUCUUCAGGACUGCUGUCUCACCCAGAAGCCUCUCAGUGAGCCUGGCACUGCCUGCUACCAGACGUCUCUGGAUUACUCUGAGCCAUACACUAACCCGUUGGAGCCUCCUACAGAGAUCUCAGACCCAAUCCAUUACCCCUCCUCUUCCUCUCCACGCCCUCUGCCUCCACCACCACAUGGUGUGUCCAGAGCAAUGUCCAAAACAGUGAGGAUGACUCUGGUCAUAGUGCUGGUCUACACAAUCUGCUGGUCGCCCUUUUUCAUAGUACAGCUUUGGGCUGCUUGGGACCCCAACCCACCAAAACAAGGAGUGGCCUUCACCAUCCUGAUGCUGCUGGCCAGUCUGAACUCCUGUACCAACCCCUGGAUCUACACGGCCUUCUCCAGCAGCGUAUCUCACGAGCUUCUGGCCCUGCUGCGCUGCCGCCCACGCAGCACACGCCGGGGGUCCAAUCCCGAAGACUCCAGCGCCGUCCACACCACCACCACCACCAAGGACAACCUGUGCUGAGCUGCGGACACAUUCACAUAACAGACAUGGAGCACAGCUGGACUCCUUGACGCUCAGCGGAUGAAGAGAUAUACAGUGGCACAUGUAUUAACACCAAGCAGGAGAUGAGAUGUGGGGAAUGACACAGGCGAGAUUUGUCAUUGGAAGAGACAGCACUGCAUUCAUUGAUAUGUAUGGAGCGUGUUUACCUGUUUAGCAUAGCGGAAGCGGAGUGUGAUUGGCUCUAGGGAGCAUGUGUCGGAGCAUGUCACAUUUAUUUAUGACCAAGCGGGACCAAUUCACAACAUGAACUUGAAAGUGAUGAGAAUUUCAUGCAAAACAGGAUGCUUCCAGAUACAAGUGGCUACUUUAGCCACUGUAGAUAUAUGCCUGUAGAUAUAAGCAGCUAUUUGAGCUGUUUUAGCUAAAAUUGUUGGAGCAUAAGAACAGGCUAAUAACCUGUAUGAGUAAGCUGAAUUAAAUAAAUGAAAUAAAUAAAGUUGGAAGAAAUGCUACUAUAUCAAAUCUGUUUAAUGUGCAGAGAACAUCUUGAGCAAAGACAACUAAAGAGUCUCUUUUUCUCAGGAAAAAGAGGAGGAAAUUACUGUCUAAGCCAUGGAACCCAGCCGUGACAUUUUGUCAGCCUUUCUGCCGUAAAUCUCACUCACUUUUGGGUUCCAUGUUUUCAUGGCAAGGACCGCUGAUGAGGACUCGUUAUGGAAUGUACGUGUGGAGACUCCAUCCAAAAGGAUGACUGUAAAUAACUGUCUAAAAGCGAAGAUGAAUGCAACACAAAUAAGAAAAGUGGAAACGAAUGGACUCUGAACAUGGACGAAUAAAAGACUGGAAAAGGAGGAAAAUGUGGCAAGUAUAUGAAAAGAUGCACAAACUAGUGAUAAUGGUUGAAAAGGUUGCAGCAGUGUCUUACCAUUUCAGUUGUUCAUGGCAUAGGCAUAAGAAUACCACUAGAUGAUGGCUUGUUCUCCAGUAUUUACUCUAAUAAAGCUGACUUUACACGGUGAAACUUACAUGAAAUUAAAACGGACUUGAGUUGCAUAAACUAGAGCAUCCUGCAACUCAAUUGAAAUUCAGCUGCAACAGUUGCAAGUGUCUCAACUUUAUGAAAUGAGCCAGAUGCUGACAGGCAUCACAUAAUCACGUAAACCAUCAUUUCGAAUUGAUUUCACUGGAUUAAUGGAGAAGGAAAUAAAAGAGAAGAUCGUGUAUUGGAUGACUAAAAAUGAGACCCCAUGACUGAAUUCAUGUAAAGUUGGUGGUUUCAAAGUUGGUAGUUUCUUGGGUUUCUCAAAGCUAACGAUCAGCUGACAACUAGGCAACAGCUAGUUAACAAAAGCUAGUUAACAGUGAACAGUGAGCUGCUUAUUCCAGCAUGUAUUCUUCUUUAGCCUGAUGUUAUCCUGAUUUAUGUAGCUAGCUUAAUUUUCUCCUCUCUUCGUU